CUCCACUCCCCUCACCCCCCACUCCCUCCUCCGCCCUAUUAAAACACCCACCAGCUCACUUGUUAAGACCCCCUUAAGUUGGAGGAGGCAGAAAGGCAACAACAGCGAGGAAGGAGAAGUCAAAACGUCUGGAAAGAAUUACCCAGUCCUGGCUUCCAGCAGCCCAUUGAACCAGGGACUUGAACCAGCCCCAGCCAAAGACUUUCUCCCGAUUCUGCGCUUCCUGGGUUCUGCUGAGUCUUCACCGGGCUUUUCUUGAUACGAAAAAGAAAAGAGACUUUCCGAUAUCAAGGGAGGGGGAACUGGAGCAAAAAAUAAAAUAAAAUAAAAUAAAGUUAAUUUAUUUUUAAAGCACAAUUUUUUCUUUUAAGAAUUAGACUGAAGUGCAACGGAGGUAUUAAAAAGAACAGUAGUGAGAUUUUCCUUUUAAAGUGGGGAGAACCAAACAUUUAAGACUCCUCCAUCCUUUUUAAAUGUUGUUUUUAAAUUUUUUAUUUUUUUUGGCCGGUCGUCUCAAAUUCAUCUGAUCUCUUAUUACCUCAAUUUUGGAAACUGCCCGCCACCGACCCUCCGGGACCACACAGACAGGCUGAGGACAACUUUAUGACCAAGAGCUGAACAAGAUGCAUUGUGAGAGGUUUCUAUGUAUCCUGAGAAUAAUUGGAACCACGCUUUUUGGAGUGUCUCUCCUCCUCGGAAUCACUGCUGCUUAUAUUGUUGGCUACCAAUUUAUCCAAACAGAUAAUUACUAUUUCUCUUUUGGACUGUAUGGUGCCUUUUUAGCAUCACACCUCAUCAUCCAAAGCCUGUUUGCCUUUCUGGAGCACCGAAAAAUGAAAAAAUCCCUAGAAACACCCAUUAAAUUGAACAAAACUGUUGCUCUCUGCAUCGCUGCGUAUCAAGAAGAUCCAGACUACUUACGGAAAUGUUUGCAAUCUGUGAAGAGGCUAACCUAUCCUGGGAUUAAGGUUGUCAUGGUCAUAGAUGGGAACUCAGAAGAUGACGUUUAUAUGAUGGACAUCUUUAGUGAAGUCAUGGGCAGGGACAAAUCAGCCACUUAUAUCUGGAAGAACAACUUCCACGAGAAAGGUCCUGGUGAGACGGAUGAGUCACAUAAAGAAAGCUCGCAACAUGUCACCCAAUUGGUCUUGUCCAACAAAAGUAUUUGCAUCAUGCAAAAAUGGGGUGGAAAAAGAGAAGUCAUGUACACGGCCUUCAGAGCACUGGGACGAAGUGUGGAUUAUGUGCAGGUCUGUGAUUCAGACACCAUGCUUGACCCUGCCUCAUCUGUGGAGAUGGUGAAAGUUUUAGAAGAAGACCCUAUGGUCGGAGGUGUCGGGGGAGACGUCCAGAUUUUGAACAAGUAUGAUUCCUGGAUCUCCUUCCUCAGCAGUGUGAGAUACUGGAUGGCUUUUAACAUAGAAAGAGCCUGCCAGUCUUACUUUGGGUGUGUCCAGUGCAUUAGUGGACCUCUGGGGAUGUACAGAAACUCCUUGCUGCAUGAGUUUGUGGAAGACUGGUACAAUCAGGAAUUUAUGGGCAGCCAAUGUAGUUUUGGUGAUGACCGGCAUCUAACGAACCGAGUGCUGAGUCUGGGCUAUGCAACAAAAUACACAGCUCGAUCCAAGUGCCUUACGGAGACACCGAUAGAGUAUCUCAGAUGGUUAAACCAGCAGACCCGUUGGAGCAAGUCAUACUUCCGAGAGUGGCUGUAUAAUGCAAUGUGGUUUCAUAAACAUCACUUGUGGAUGACCUACGAGGCCGUUAUCACUGGAUUCUUCCCUUUCUUUCUCAUUGCCACAGUAAUCCAGCUCUUCUACCGGGGUAAAAUCUGGAAUAUCCUCCUCUUCUUGUUAACUGUCCAGUUAGUAGGUCUCAUAAAAUCGUCCUUUGCCAGCUGCCUUAGAGGAAACAUCGUCAUGGUCUUCAUGUCCCUCUACUCAGUGUUAUACAUGUCAAGUUUACUUCCCGCCAAGAUGUUUGCAAUCGCAACGAUAAACAAAGCUGGGUGGGGCACGUCUGGAAGGAAGACCAUUGUGGUCAAUUUCAUAGGACUCAUUCCAGUAUCAGUUUGGUUUACAAUCCUCCUGGGGGGUGUGAUUUUCACCAUUUAUAAGGAAUCUAAAAAGCCAUUCUCAGAAUCCAAGCAGACAGUUCUCAUUGUUGGAACGUUGCUCUACGCAUUCUAUUGGGUCAUGCUUUUGACGCUGUAUGUGGUUCUCAUCAAUAAAUGUGGCAGGAGGAAGAAGGGACAACAGUAUGACAUGGUGCUCGAUGUAUGAUCUCACGUUGUUUGACGUUUGCAAUCACACACGCAGACACACACAAAACCUUAGUUCCUCUCGGGACUGUACAGUCUUGUGGCAUCCCAUAAUGCCACCAAAGGAGACCUAUCACUGCUGCUGGGACUUGAACAAAGACGUUUCUAUGGGUUUAUUUUGAUUCUGCCAAAGUAAAACAAGACAUCAAUGAGAAGAAACUCAGAUUUAACCUGUUAUUUCUAUGAAAAUGGGAAGCAUUCUGUUUAUGCACUUUUUCCUUAAUGUACAUCUGCCUAACAGUGUUUGCCCUAUAUACCUCACUAGCCAUGCUUUAUGUGGGUUAUCAUGGAAGAAAAGGAUUUUGGAAACUCAAGGAAAAGUUCUUUCAACGUAUUCAACCUAACUUAUGGACUGUGUUGAUAGCUAAUGUUUUUUUUUUUUUUUUUAAAAAGGAGUUUUUGUUUAACUCUACCAAAUGAAAUGCCAAAGGAAAUUUCAAAGGCCAUUGGCUGUGCUGUAUUUUUAUAUAAUUGUACUGUGUUUUAAAAUUUUGUAUGCCAAUUUUUAAAACAAAUUUUGCAUAUUCUAUAUUUUACUUCUCUGCCAAAAUACACCUGUUCUUUUUUAUUAUUAUUAAAAUAGGUUCUGAAAAAAAUUCAUACUUAAAAAAAAAAUCUACCCAAAAUGUGAAGCCUGGUUGACUGAUGUUGUUCAUGAUAGAAGGAAUAAAAUGUUUCUCUCUCUCUCUACCUUUUAACAUGGAAUAGUUUAUUUCGGUGAAAAGUAUUUAAACUUUCAAUAUUUUAACUUUUUUUUUUUUUCAUUUCUUUUAGAAAAGGCCAAUAUACCUGUCACACUUUGGGAGUAGAAAUACAUACUUAUGUGCACACACACACAAAAAGGAAGUCAUUGGAAAUCAAGGCCAAAGGGGUAGAAAAGUGCAAUUUUCCAUAAGAUUAAAAGAAAAGGGGAGGGGGAGUGCUAGUUCUUGAAAGAAAACACUGGGCAAAUGUGGAGAUUCUGGCAGUGUUUUCUCACGCUGAGUAAAAUGGAAAGUGGAAAAAAAAUCAUCUGUGUUAUUUGGACAAAUACAAUGCAGUUCAUCGUUUUGUUCUGUGGCCUGAAUUCACCAGAUCCUGUCGACAUUGAACAUAACUGACCUGUCUUUUUUUUCAGCUUGCCAGUUCACUUUCCAUGUUACUAGGAGGCUUACACGGGUGAGUUGGAUACAAUUGAGUAAGUGUAAAAGCCUAUAGAUACAAAACUGGCACAUUCGAGCUUGUCUUCUACUUCCCAGGGAGGAUAUUUUUUCUGGAUUCAUACAGAUAAUCGCUCCAUCUGUCCUGUUAUUGGCCUACAUAGAUAUGUUUACGUAGUCAGAAUAAUAACAAGGUUUAAUAAGUGUAUCAAGAAUUGGCACAUGAGAAAAAUUGAUGAACCAGGUACCCUUAACCCGGCUAAUUUCACUACUCGAAGGGCCUCAGUUAUCCAGUUUGACUUUUGACAUGACCCAUCUUGCCUUGUAGCUGGUGCUGUGUAGACUUGUGUUAAAAACAAUCAAACACAUGAGUCGUUGCAUAAAGCAUGUUGUGAUGAAGUGGAGUAUGAAUGUGGAGAAGUGUUCAGCCAUGUGCUUCUACCAUUCUGCUUCCUUGCCAUGCAGACGCCCAUGUUCCAUCUAUCCUGCCUAAGAAAAAGCUGCACAUUCUACCUUCGGAGUACAAAAAGGUACACACCAUUCUGCAACUCAGACUCACUGUUGGGAGAGUUUGCGGGAAACAGAGCACAGCAUGCCAGUAAAUGAAACUAAAACUUGAGUUUGCCUUUUUAACUAUUUAUGUUCUAAGUUAAGCUUUGAUAACUUUCAAAUGUCAAAUUCUCUCAUUCUUUUAAAAGAUU